AUGGCUGCUCUCCCCGCAGGGAAGCCGACGCUGUACGGCAGCCUGACCCGCCAUGGGCUCAGCACCGAGGGCGUCCCUGACAUCACUGCUUCCGAGGGCUUCGUGGUUGGGGAAGUCACCAAGAAAAGCAUUCUUGUUUCUUGUCCUCAUGAAAAUGUGUCCACGAAGUUCCUGGCCCCGUACACGACUUUUAGUCGAAUUCAUCAGAAAAGCAUUACCUGUCUUGAUGUUUCCAGUGGUGGAGGGCUUGGUGUAUCGACCAGCACAGACGGGACCAUGAAAAUCUGGCAGGCUGCGAACGGAGAAAUAAGAAGGCUGUUGGAAGGCCAUGUGUAUGAUGUGAAUUGUUGCAGGUUUUUCCCAUCGGGCCUCGUCGUUCUGAGCGGGGGAAUGGAUGCCCAGCUCAAGAUCUGGUCAGCGGAAGAUGCCAGCUGUGUAGUGACAUUUAAAGGUCACAAAGGAG